AUGCGAUCAUCAUCGGGCAUUAAUAUUCUACUCUUGUUGAUAAGUGUACUUGUUUUGUUAAUCGGAAUUACCUAUCAGCCAUUGCCGGAGAACUUUUCGCAACCAUGGAAAUACCGGUUUCUUUCGUAUUGGGCUCAUCGCAUUGAUCAACUUGGAUGUUUUUGUGAAAAAUUGAAUUUAUUUACUCAUGUGAACUUGAUUCGAACGCUUCAUUAUCUGUCCAUUGGUUUAUAUCAACAACGAGAUCCCGAAUGUCAUUUGAAAGUCUAUGAUAGAAUGAUUGGUAAUGUCAAGGUGCGAAUCUAUGAACCCGAAGAAAUGAUUAGUUAUGAGGAAAAAACUACGAUGAUUUACUUUCAUGGUGGUGGUUUUGCUUUAGGCUCUAUUGAAACGUAUGAUCAAGCAACAUAUCUAUUAGCAAAUUUAACACGAAUUAAAACAGUUGCAGUCGAAUAUCGAUUAGCACCGGAACAUCGUUUCCCUAGUGGUUUAGAUGAUUGUUUAUUAUCGAAUAAUUUUAUCGGUCAUUUGUUAAUACAAGAUAAAUACCAACCUUAUUUACUGUGUUUAUUGUAUCCUUCAUUACAAUUCUUAGAUUUUACUUUACCAUCGUAUCGAACGUACUUAAAACAGAAUAUUCUUGGUGUUCUGAAUGAAGAUAAUCUAAUGUUGAUGAUUUCUCUUCUUACGGGAAAGAAAACUACGAUAACCAAAGAUAUUCUUAUGAAUUCCCAUGUAACGGCUGAAGAUCAGAAGAAUCUUUAUCCAUUUAUGAAUCCAACGAAAUAUUUGUCAAUACCACAUGAGAUGAAUGAUACCAGAGAAAGAAAUGAAAAUCUAGUCAAAGAUUUAAAGUAUUUAAUAUUACCGUCAAUGUCUCCAUUGCUCGUUUCCGACGACCAAUUAAGUCAGUUACCCCAAAUUCUUCUUUUUACCACUGAAUAUGAUAUUCUUCGUGAUGAAGGUUUUAUUUUUGCUUCUCGAUUACGGACAUUGAACAAGACUGUCUAUCAUCAUCAUUUUCAUAAUGCAUUCCAUGGUGCUCAUGUUUUCUUAUACGGUCCAUUACGAUUCGAAAUAGCUCAUGAAAUGAUUCAACACACCGCUAAAAUUCUUCAAAAUUAUCUGUGA